CUUGCUUUUUUUCUUAAGAUGAUCGUUCAACCGCGGCGACCGCUUCGAUCAACUUCUGUGUAACCAGAGGAGGAAAAGGAUGAUCGAGAUUGCGCGACCAGAGAUGGAGGACAGCAUCGGAAGCCUCGAUGCUCGAACCUCGAUCUUCCCCACCGAUCAUCAUCUUCCCUCCUCGGGCCCCGGCGACAGGGACGUGGGGACCCCUCGGCCGUGGCCUGCCUGGGCAUGCCGGUGAGCUCUUUACCAUCAGAGCAUGUUCGCUACACUGCAGCUCUCAGUGGCUCAGGUAUUAUAUGCUGUAGCGCGCCCUGUAGGCAAAAGUACUGCACCGCGUGUACCGCGAGCUCAUCCUGCAGGCACUACCGCCUGGACGCGGGAGGGGAGGCGGGCAACGACGUCCUGGUGCGGCGGCACGCCAACGGCCUGCUGGUGACCAGCCUGGCGCCCUCCCACCCGUUGCUGCGGCGUGAUGCCAAGAGGGUGGCGCAGGUCGCCUUCCGGUCCAGCGUCGCCGACAAGGAGGCGCACGGCAAGAGGAACAAGGGCGGGGCCAGCCUGAAGCCCCAGACAGUGCUGGCGGACGUGAGCCUCGAGGACGGCUCCAAGGCCCUGCUGUUCGCGGGGGUAGACGCGCGCCUGGUCGAGGUGAACGAGCGCCUCUCCGAGGAGCCUGGGAGCCUGCAGGACGCGCCGGAGGACGAGGGGUUCCUGACCAUCCUGCAGCCGCGCUGGCCGCAGGAC